AUGGCGGAAAUAGAUGAUUUUUCAGAGGUUUGCUUCGGCUUUUCUUUUUCCAUGUGUUCAACCAAAUAUAUGUUACAGUUAAUGUAUGGAUAAACUAUAAAUAUGAUUUUGUUUUAGGUUCGAAAUUUGCUUAGAAUUCUUCAAAAUCCGUUUGUGAAGCAGGUAAGAAUAACGCUCGACACAAUAAUAAUAGUAUUACUUAUAAUUUGAGAAAUUAUCAAGAAAGAAAUGAGCAAGGUAUUAAAUUAUCCGAUACGAGGUCCAUGUCAGUAUCUUGCGAAACCGAAAAAUUCACAAAAACCUCUUAGCUCUGACCGAGGCUUACAGUGAAAUAAUCCUAUUUUUUCUGGUCUGCAAAUCCAUAACCGUUACGUAAAUGGACUCUUGUCAUUCGUUGUUGAGAAAUUAUACGUAUUACACACUACGCAGACCUCUCCCAUUUCGCGCUAAAACAAUUCGAGGAGUGAAGACUCGAGAAACUAUAAAAAAACGUACCCUGUCGACAGUAAAGAUCGUAAAAUAAACUGAAUUGACUUCAUUAGACUUUGUGUUAUACCCAAAAUGUUACAGUACUUUUCUCCGACCAAAACAAUCUCAACGAAAAGUUGCGUGGUCUUCCAUGGCUGACAGAGGCAGGAAAAUGCUAUUCUUGGGUUUCAAUCACGUUUUUCAGCCUGUAGAAUUUAGGAUUAUUGACGUAAAUUGAUUCGUAAGCCAAAGCGAUCUUACCUGCGUAAUUUUGUUAAUUUGCCCCCAAAGUAAUUUAAACUAUACAACUUAUAGUAAAAUUCGAAUUCUUGAACUACUAACCAAGUACGUGUUACACGCGACUCUUUAUUACAUAACGCGCACGAAUUUCGAGAACAUCGAGAAAACAGUCCUACAUGUUUACUUUUUGAAAUGCAACAUGCAACCCAUUCUCGAACAUAAAAAUCUUAAAAGAUACCUCAAACGUUAGUUUAAACAUGGUUUCUGCACAGGUUGAAUUCGGUCAAAUAUUUUUUAUAAAUGUCGUGAUAAUAAAAUUUUUUUAGCAAGUAAAAUUUGUGGCUGCGUGUCACAAUUAGAUAUUUUGUGAAACGAUCAGGAAAAUCAGUUUACCUUCGUUGUUGUCUUGUUGCAUAGUAGACAACCAUCUUUUGGGUCAAACCCAAAUGGUUUUGACAGAGCUUUGGACUAAAGUAACAAACACAACUGAUCUCAAGUCCACCUUUUAUAGUUAACAAUUUUCCGAACACCACACUGGAAAGAAAUAUUGAAUUUAAUACUAUGGAAAUUGCGAUUGCAUCACUAAAUCCAUGGUUUAGCUAAUAUGAAAAUUGCAAUUAGUAUGAAAAUUGGAUUUCCAUACUAUUUUCAACCAAGAUCCAUACGAUUUCCAUAGCAUUAGGAUUUUAAUUUGAAAAAAUUACAGUGCCACUCCUUAUAGAAUAAAUUUAGUCUUAUUUCAAUGCUUGUUCUUUUUUUUCUUUUGAACAAGGGGUCAUAUAUUUGUGUCUGAAAUACAAGUGAUAACGUGAACAAUGUAACAAUGUGAUUUCAUUGUCACGUGUGCAUAACUUCUUGAAUUUUCUUCUUAAAUUUUAAUACUGUUUUUGCCACACAAAAAAAAGAAUGAUUUUAAAACAUUUUAAAAGAUAUUCGUUUGUUUUAUUCAUCUCAUACUCCGGAAUCCUCUCCAAAAGCAAUCAUAAAACACUGACGUUACGUCUGUUGUCGGUGCACAGAUGCCAUCGAAACGCACCAUAAUGUGAUGUGAACAGACUUAGCAACUAAUUGCAAGUUUAACCGCUGUUUAACCUGAACUGUAAUGUACGAAAAGUUAGUAAAUUAACUAUUUGUAGUCGCAGAGUACUAUAGUUUCUUAGUUUUGAUGAAAAUUGCCAAAAUGCUUCAAUUUUUGGGUUAUUGUUUUUUUGCAAAAAAAAGCUGGUAUUGAUUUGGUAUAUUGCUUCUCAAAUUUUUGAUUCUCCAAUUGAUCAAAUUUCACGCCUGAAAAAAAUACUAUUAUUAUAUAUAUUAUAAUAUUUAUAUUUAUUAUAAUAUUAUUUCUAUACCUUGAAUUGAAAUGCCUAAUAUCUCAAGCAUAACCUAUCGAUGCAAAAUUGGUUUUCUGGAGCCGAUUAGUUACAGUUGGAUUAGCGUUAACCCUCGGUUAGAAUUUAACCUGCUGUUUUAGUUUGCGUAUUUCUGCACGUCUGUUUAUCGCAAAACUUCAUAGAAGGAAACUGCUAUUGAUCCAGACAAGAUUUCUAAAGAAAUAUUUACAAAUUUAUAAACGAGCUGUUGGGAAGUUUGCUUUGAAUUUUAGGAUAACCUAGGAUUAAGUUAAUCCGGGUUUGAACAACUGCCCUCGAACUGCCCCCUGCGUGAUCAAUAAAUGAAAAGACAUGUCGACAAAGCAACAUGAAAAGAGGGCUGUAUUAGCAUAUAUUGUACAUAACUAGGGAAAGUAGUCUACUGUUGAAACGUCGAAUGAAUAAGCUUUAAAGAGUCCUGGUCACCCACAAUGCAAUGCAUACUACUGUUACUAAAACUCUGUGGUGAUGUUGCUCUAAACCCUGGCCCUGUUCAACUAAAUUUGCAAUCACCAAUAUCUAAAGGUUUAAAGAUCUGCCACUGGAACAUACAACGGCUUACAACAACCAAACAAGACGAAAUAAAGAUUAGCCUCACGGAAAAUUCGAACAAUUCUAACAAGAUCGAUAUUCUGUUUUUAUCGGAGACAUUCUGCACGAACAAGACUCCUGACUACCUAUACGCUAUCACGGACUAUAAAUUAUUUCGUAAGGACAGAAUAGGUAAGCUCGGCGGAGGGGUUAUGGCGUUUGUACAUAAAGAUCUGGAAGUUGAACGGCGAAUCGAUAUGGAGGACGAUGACUUAGAGGCACUGUGGCUAGAAGUUAACCCGCACAAAUCUAAUAGAUCAUUGUUCGUUGCUGGGGUAUAUCGUCCGCCAUCAUCGAAUGUAGAUAUGGACAAGAAACUUGGUAGAAAUAUUGAGAAUGCGAAACUGCGUAAUAAAGAGCUUAUUAUCAUGGGGGAUCUUAACGUUGACUAUAUGACACCUGAAAAGUUUUGUAAACAAAAACUAAUGAAGAGCUUGUUGAAUCUUAAUCUGUCCCAGUUGGUAAAUCAAAUCACAAGACCUAUGUCGCAAUCAUGUCUGGAUCAUAUAUGGUGCAGUCACCCAGAACGAAUCAGACAGGUAGAAGUGUUGUCAUCAGGUAUGUCUGAUCAUUUACCUAUAGUUGCUGUAAGAAUAUACAAAAAAUUGAAAGACAACAAAGGUGAGCAUCAUAACAUUACGUAUAGGGACUUAUGGAAUCUGAAUGAACAAGCUUUUUGUGAGUCUUUGUCUUCCGCUCCAUGGGAUUGUGCAUUCACUUUUGAUGACCCCGAUGAUAUUGUUUAUGCAUGGUAUAAUAUUUUUAACAGUAUUGUUGAUCAACACGCACCAUUGAGACAAAAACGAGUUAAAAGAAAGUCUCAACCUGAUUGGGUUAGCAAAAUUCUUGAAGAUGUGCUAAAGAAAAGAGACAAGCUACUCUACAGAGCUAGACAAUCACAAUCUGAUUCCGACUGGUCAGCUUUUAGAAAGGCGAAAAAUAAAGCCACUAAUUUGUUACGAAAAACUAAACAAACGUAUUUUAAGAAUAAAGUGGCCGAAAAUAGAAACGAUCCUAGAAAAUUAUGGCGUCUAAUUCGCGAACUCGACGGCGUGAAUGUCAAGGAAAAUUUUACAUGGCGUUUGAAUGACGGUGACAAGUUAGUAUCGGACAAGUAUCAAAUUGUUGAGAUGUUUAACUCAUACUUUAUCGAACUACCGAAAUCAAUUUUCACUGAAUUAAUUAAUAUAACUGGAGACUAUAUUUCCCCAGAGAAACGAGUUCACUCGCAGCUCGAAAUCCCCCACAUCACACCUGAGCAAGUGAAUGAUUUUCUGGAUCAAAUUCCUGUAAAUAAAUCUACCGGCCCAGAUGGUGUAGGUAUACGGCUUCUCAAGUUAGCUGCCCCUGUAAUUUCAGAAUCGCUCAGCAGAAUAAUUAAUUCCUGUAUAAUAACUGGAAAAUUUCCAACAAAGUGGAAAGAGGCGAGCGUUACACCUAUCUACAAGGGUAAAGGUUGUAAAAGUGAAGCCUCAAAUUACAGGCCCAUAUCAGUGUUGUCCGUCUUGUCUAAGGUGUUUGAAAAGCACAUUGCGUCAUCAUUGCGUGCUCACUUGAAGGAGAACGCCUUGUUGUAUGGAUUACAAUCCGGCUUCCGGAAGUCAUUUUCCACUGAAACCGCAUUAAUAAGGCUUUUGGAUCAGUUGCUUUUCAACCUUGAUGAAAACUGUGUUAGCGGUCUGGUCCUCGUUGAUUAUAAAAAAGCAUUUGAUUUAAUAGACCAUAACAUCUUGAUUAAAAAGCUUUUUUUCAUAUGGAGUACAUGGCCAGUCGCUGGAAUUGUUCAAAAGUUAUCUUUCUGA